AAAACGUUAGGCCCAAGGAUUCCAAGGAAUCCCUUAGAAUGGCGCUCUUAGGCCUGUCCAGCGAGGAUGCUUUGGGCCCAGCUGGUGUCCGCUUCGAGUUGCGCACUGUGCGAAGGUCGGCAUCUGCAAGUGCCAUCAGAAAGACAGGUUUCUCAGGCUCCGACACCUGGAACGCGGGGAAGAGUACGCUUUUUCGCAGCUUCGAGAACCGCGAAGCUCGCCAAGAGAUCGCGCAGGAGCCGCUAGCGGUGACGCUGUCGCCAGAGUUGGAGCUGCGGGCGCAGCAGCGGCAGCGGAACUUCGGGACUUUGAGCAGCUCCUGGCUGGUGAAGAAUUGCUUCAGCGCCUGGCGGUCCCAUGUGCGGGUGCAGCUGCAAGCUGCGCGCGCGCAUCAGGAUCAAGAGGCGCAAUUGCGCAUGGUCUUGGAGCUGCAAGCGUUGCUCUCCAAGAAGGAAGAAGACAUCCAGCAUCUUGCCAGGGAGAUGGAGAUAAAUGAGCGGCACAGCUUCGAGCGCCUGUCGCUGGCUCGGAGCUUGGCACAGGAGGCGGCGCUCCGCGGAAGAGCGUUUUGGGCCUGGCGCCUGCUGGCAGCGCGCUGGUCCCUGCAGCGCCGGGUGGAAGCGCUGGAGGCUCAGCUCUCCAAGGCAGCAGACGUGGAAGCUGACCUCCUUCAGCAGCUCGAGGAGUCUGCCAGCGAGCACCAGCGCUUGGAGGCAGAGCUUCGGGCCUCUCAGUUGAGGCAGCGUGUGACGGCAGAGGAGCUGGCUGCACUGCAGCGGCAAGCGGAGGAGGAUGCAGAGGCAGCAAGGAGAGCGAUGUUGAAGGAAAUUGAGAGGCGCCUCCAGGCAACCAACAGCUACGUCAAAGCCCCACUGCAGCGGCAGAUGAAGGCUUUGUACUGGGACCACUGGACCAGGGCGCUGACCAACAGGCACUCACAGAAGUUGCAGGAGUCGGAGCGCCUGCGCCGGGAGUUGGAGGAGGCCCUCAGGGACGCCCAGCACUCGCUGCGUCGCAGCGAGAGCGAGUGGCGGCAAAAGCAUCAGCAAGCGGAAGGCCAAUGGAGCAUCAAGCUUUCGACUAGCCAGGAGGAGCGCGACCGUCUUGAAGAGCAGUGGCGCCAUCGCCUGGACCAGUUGCGAGUGGACAUGGAGGAGGAGUGCUCGCGCCGCAUGAGGAAGCUUGAGACCGACUGGCAAAGUAGGCUGGAUCAGACGGAGGCCCAGUGGCGGAAACGCCUCACUGCGCGCGAGGAGGAGCUCGAGGCAAAGCUGAGAGCGGCCAUGGAAAAAUGGGAGCUGGAUCGUGGGAAGCUGCAAGACACUCAUGGCAAAGAGCUGCGCAGCUCCAAAGAUGUCUUUGAACUGCAGCUUCAAAGAGUCCACAAGGAUCACGAAGAGCAGAAGAAGCUGCAGGAGGAGGAGAGUGUGCUGGAGCUGAAGAAGCGAGAGCUGAUGCUGGAGGAGAUGCAGCGACACCGCCUGGAGGCACAGCAGCGUUUGCAAUUGUCCGCUAUGUCAGCGCUGUGCGGCAAAUCCAACAAAGGACUGCUCUCGACCGGCUUCAGGGCAUGGGACAUGUUCCGGAACCAGGCAAAGCAGGAAAAAGCUGACAAUGAGAAGGAACUUGCCCUGCGAAGGAAGGAAGAUGAGCUCCACGCUUUGCAGAAUGAGCACGAGGCCUUGCAUCGGAAGUUGCAGGCGCACGAGGGCAACUUCGCUUUGCACACGCAGCAGUGCCGCUACGAGGCUUGUGAUCGCGCAGAUCGUUUACUGGGAGGCGAUGGCAUCAGCCCACUGGAGGCGCUGCGCCUGAGCCAAGUGCUCAGCGCCUGGCUGCUGGUGGCCACAGCGCUGCACUGGGCCAGGGCCCGAGAGCUGCAGGCUGGCCAGGCGGACCAGCUGCGGCUGCAGCUCGAACAGCUGCGCCUAGAGAACCAGAACUCCUCAAGGGCACAGCUGCUGAGAGCGCGGGAGCUGCGGCAGUAUCACGCUUUGCUGUCCCGAUUGCUGCGAGCCUGGCUGCACGUGAGCUUGCGCGGGCGCAUGGAGGCGCAAAGCGAGACGGCUGAGCGGCUCGCCAGCAACCUGCGUUCGCGGCAGGACUUGCUGCUGCAGCGCAGCUCCGAUGCCUUCGGCCGAAACCUGGCCAGGCAUUUGAAGUGGUCCAGCUUUCAGAACUGGCACAGCAGGUUGGAAGCCAAGCACUUGCUGCACGGCUGCAAGGGUGCGUACCAGGCUCAGAUGGAGAAGCUGGCCAUCCAAAUGCUUCGACGUGGUGAUGAGGCGGCGCCGGUCAGCAUGCUCGUUGCCUGGUCUCGCCUGGCACGGCAGCUGCGCUUCGAGCGCGCAGCGCAGCAACUGCUGUCCAAGGUUGACUUCCUGCAGCGGUCCAGCUUGAAUCGACGAGACGCUUUGCUUGUGAGGACCUUCGACCAGAACCUGCGCCAGGUGGCGCGCCGCGCCUUGACGGCCUGGUGGCAGGAGGCCAAAGCUUUGCGCCUCGAGAAGCAGCGGCAGCAGUUCACCCUGGAGCUGCGGCGCCGGGGUGAGCGCGGCUCCAGCUGCGGCUCACGCUUGGCGGCCAAGUUCUGGACCAUGAAAAUGCGCCUCUUGCUCUUCGCGUCCUUCAUGGCUUGGAGGUUCCGCCUGGCGCGGGAGAGCUCCGUGCAGCUCCGCAAGGCCCUCGCGGACACGGAGGCAGCCCACUUCGCCAUUGCCUCUCGCAGCCUUCUGCUGUCCGAUGCCUUCCGGAGGUGGCGGCGCUGGGCCGCGGGCCUCUCCUACGAGCGAUCCGUGCACCAGUUUCACGAGCUGGUCAGCCGGGCCCAAGGGCCCGGCCGAGUGGUGGCUGUGGUUUCCUCCAUCGAGGAGAAGCGGCGGCGCCUGCUGUGCGUAGAGGCUUUCCUGAGGUGGGCUGGCGUGCUCCGAUGGAAGCAAGCGCCCUCUCCGCCUCCCAUGUCUCCACGGGUGAUGUCACGCCCGGCAUCGCCUCCGCAAGUCUUGCGACCCUCGUGGACCGUGUUGGCGACAAGCUCCCCAUCGGUGGUGCGUGCAGCUGCCUGCCCGCACUGUGGCAAUGUCUAUUUGGCCGACUCCGUUUUUUGCCGCCGUUGCGGCCGCAAGCGAGAUCUGGUCUCUUUAGACAUCAUGCGGCCAGUCUCCGCGACAGUGCCGGCACCACCACCUCCUCCAAGGAGUAUGGCCUUCGCCUCCUCGCCCACCUCUGUCACCUCGAUCCAUGCAGAGGAGCCAAUUUCUGCUCCGCCGUCGCCGGUGGCCACUAGUUGCCGGGCAAUGUCUCCAGAGGUCUUCCCUCUUCAGCCCAACGACGUCCGCGCGGAGUAUUUCCUCCGGGCGGAGCCCAGGAUGGAUAGGGCUGAGCCCAUGACGGCUGGUGCCCAGGCUCAGUUGGAGGAGGCCAGGAAUAGCCAAGCAUGCCAAGUCAUGCAGGCGCCGCCUCUGCCUGGCGGCAAUGCAGUGCGACAGCAGUCCACGAGCCCUCCUCCGCGGAGGCGCAUGGAGAAUAUCUCUCCUGACCAUUCGCCAAUCAGACUCGGUCGCAAGCCCAACGGCUGGCUGUCGGAGGAGCGACUCGGGCAGGCUCGGCAACGAGAGGCAGUGAGCCAGCCCAAGCCAGGAGACCUGGGACCUGCGGCAGACCCCUUCCAGCGUCUAAAGCCACAGGAAGGUCUGAUCACUUUGGGCUCGGAGGGUGGCCCUGUGCGCAACCACCCGCUCGAAGUGGCGGUGCAGCACGACCACCUGCCCAUCGUGCAUCUCUUCAACAUGCACCGGGAGAACCCUCAGACGCCGGAUCGGGGCGUGACUUUGCCCACUAGGCUUGAGUUUCCGCUGCGGCUGGAGCUGAAGGCCAAUGAAGAUGGCCUGCUCGGGCAACGCACUGUUCAAAGAAGCCCCCCAACAUAGAAGAACGUUGGAGCUGCCAAAGGCCGGCCAAGCCGGCCUCCGUGUGUUGAACACACUGCAGGCUCGACACGAAAACGCACAAUUGCGAGUGUGU